AUGACUACAGUUUCGCCAGCAGAAAAUUUGCAUCGCAUUUCCCUAGGGAAAAAGGCCACAAGAACCGUCACCGCCCCCUCACUUAUUGUGCGCCAGUAUAGUAAUGAACCGAGGACGUCGGGUCAAGAGCAACGACCUCUAGCUAACCGCUACGCUUCUCAAGAUAACGGAUUGUCUCCGUUCACCAGUUCGGGCUACCUCUCUCCCAGACUUAAGUCCAGCUCCUCCACAUGCAUGCGUGAUGUCAAAGAGGUGUUCACCAUUCAGCAAAUCAUGCGUGAUACCUUAGAGGUGCGAAGAAAACCUCAGUCUGUGGACAACAAGGCGAUACUGCAGACACAACACCACAAAAAGGAAUUUCUUCGAUCCUGGUCACGAGAGAGAAUCAUAGUCACGGAAGAAAUUAUCUAUCCGACGACUAGCUUGACCGUAACCAGUGCUUCCGGAUCCUUUUCUUCUAUUACCGGGCCUCAAAGUAAACCCUACUUUCCAAUAAAGAGAUAUAACAUUUCUGGAAAAUCGCUUCCUUCGCCUUCGGUGACUCUGGUCGGCGUCCUGCCAUCUCAUGUAGUGAAACACGGCCAUCGCGUACCCCUAAUAACUGCAAGCGAUGGAAGAACGCCCCUCGCACGAGCCGGAAGAUCUUGUCUUAAAAAGCAGGCAUCUGAACCAGAAAGCUCCACUCUACUUUUCAGCGACCUAUCUUCAGCUAGCACCGGGACUGCUGCGAGGGUUAUUGAGGUGCUGAAAACAUCAGGCAGUCUACGUUUACCACGGCAAAUGUCUCAGACACUUAUGAGACAAGCAAAUCUGACUGCUCUUAAGCGCACCAUCGGUCCUCAUUUCCCGACUACGCAAUACAGUCUCAUGGAACAAGCCGACGAGGACCAAUUAGUACAAAGCAUUCCACCUCUACGACCUGUUGAAAAGGCGAGGUCCCUUGAGGUGGCAAGCGAAGAAAACCAGAAACGGAACUCCGUCCAGCAGCGGGUAUCCAUAAUGGAGUCCUCCAGUCUCCCUCUUAAUGUAUCCAACAGUUCACUUCUCAACCCGAUGCAAAAGACACCCACCACUACAUCACAAGAGCAGCAGCUAACUCCACAAGUGCUCACCACCUCUGAUCACCCACCGGGCAGUCCACCUCCCGCUUACCAUUCGGUUCUGUCGGACGAGCAUGAACUGACAAUACAGGAAGACGAAGAUUUACACAGCACGUCGACGUCAGUCUACGAGACCGCAAGAUCUUCCGUCUCGCUUUCACCGAGCCGUGAAGAAAUUCUCGCAUCACCGUCGCAGACACCCACACUUCAGCCAGCGCCUCAACACCGCUAUCAUCACCAGCAAACGCGGCAACAGGAGCUGGGAAGGGAAGGGGAGGGCGACGUCGUGACUACGGUGAUCGAUAAGUUGGACGCAGCCACCGAGACUGUGAUUCCCACAUCUCCAGUCUACUUUCGGACCAUUGUGCGUAGGGAUCAUGCGGGCUAUGGGUUGACUGUGUGCGGUACUAACCCUGUCACUGUGCGGAAUAUUCGUGAAGGCGGAACGGCUGAACGGGCUGGACUGAGACCCGGGGAUGAAAUCGUGAAGGUUAACGGUGUUAAUGUUGAGGAAAUGGAUCAUCAGGAGGUAGUUGAGCGAAUUAGAGCCAAGGCGACAGUUUGCUUCAUGCUGCGUCGAAUGCGCCCAUCGAGGAGAUAUCUGGCGUCCACAGCAGGCGAAGAGGUUGAGGCGAAUCAGCCAAUCCAUCGUCGCUACCAGAAACGUCGAUUACAUCGGGAUACGAUAGGAGGCAGUAGUGGCGGAGGCACAGCGGCAGCAGUUAAUCGUCGCAGACCCAACAACGGCUUUCACCGUGAGCAGUCCUUAUCCCCACCCUCUUACUCCGGCCGCACUGACACGGACGGCGAUGAAACGGUGCACGGUGGUAGCGGCAGUGGCGGUGGAGCUCGGGGCUCUAGCUCCGGUGGGUACGACUGGGCCGACGAGGAUGCGAAUCUGCCUACCGUAGCCGAUGGAGGCAGUUUCGCAGACCUCCCACCCGUGCAUCCGGCCUCGACAUCCUUGAGCCUCGGUAGCGGGGGGUCCACCUCCGGCGUGACGACCAUCGGUGGCACCUCCGAUAUGACUAGUACCCACUUGGCCCGCUCUCGGGUUAGUUUGGGUGCCGUCGAUCGCCCUCAUUCCUCCGCCUUUACUAACCAUCAUCGACGACCCCUCAGUCUGGCUGAAGCACCAGUGACCAGUCCUCCUUCCGUCUCCACCGCUACCACCGCCAACACUCCCAGCGGCACCAUCUUCCAGACUCUCCCCUCGUCAAAGAAGAAUAAACCAAAGCACAACUUUGCGACAUCUACUGCGCAGAAUGCAGCAACAUCACCGCCCUCUGGUCACUUUCUGGGUCGUGUGCUUAACGAAUGCGACAGUGAUGAUGAGCAAAUAAGGGAGGAGAUUUGUGCUCUUGCUGCGAGGUUUCAGUCUGCCUGCAGUGUGCUCAACAGUCCCGCACUUAGUGCGGUUCUUCUCAAUUACCUCCUGGUGCAAAAUCACGAACUCGCCCCAAUUCUUUUCUACCUUGUCGCGAAGCACUAUUACUGGAUGCAAACACAUAACAAAGAGGUUGAAAAGGAUCACCUGCGCGUCUUCAUGGAGAUAUACACAACUUUUCUUCAUGAGAAAUCGCCACUAUGCAUCAAGGUGGACAGCCAAUUUAUUCGGCAGGUGGAAGAUUCCAUCUCGUCCGGAGAGACUACGACGGUUUUUGAGGGCUGUUGCACUGCCGUACUUCCACAAAUUCAAGUCCAGGUGGACAAACUUAAUAAGGAUAUUCGAUAUGGUCUUGACACAUGGAAACCGUCAGAGAGUUUCGAUCUCACUGUCGCACACUCGUAUGAAGAAGAAUUGAGCAUAUACGAGAUGAUAAUGAGCCCACGAGUAAACGAGCUUCAGCGCAUCACAACAAAUCAGGCGCCAUUACAAAUCGGAAGCCACCUUUCAGCUACCUCGUCUCUCACCACUGCCACCUCUGCCGUUGUCGCCUGGGUGUCUUCCACAGCUAUGGCCACUGGAACCCCCAGAGAGCAGAUUGCGUCGGCGUUGUGUGCCUCUCUGGUCUCGGCCUAUCGAUAUUUCGCUGCUUCUACCACCGCUACUGCCUCCUCCUCACCACUUCAAUCCGACGCCUUUACCGAAGGCAGUGUCAUCGGCUCAGCUCCCACUUGUCCCAACACCCCAAUCCCACCUCAACAUUCCUUCAGAAAGAGCCUCUUCGCCAAAUCAAUCGAAAAUUUGGCAGCGGUAUCGACUCAAGUUGCCGGAGGCACGGGUUUGGGCUCCACAAACCUCUCGAGUAGCAUGUCAAGUGGCCUCGCAACGAUCGGAGCCAUCAACUGGGGCAAACUUCCCUCUUUCAAUGCCAAGCUCAAGUCCAAAUCUUCCAAUGUGAUCUUUGGAAGCUGGAAGACUAAGCACUCUCAAAAGGGACACUCACUCCAGGAGCACAUUUUUGACCGACUUACAGAAUGCGCUGUCUGCGGUGGUUUGAUCUGGGGACUGGCACCUCAGGGACUCUCCUGUCAAGUUUGUGACGUCAGCGUGCAUCAUCGAUGCAGAGCCGGAUUGCGAGAGUCCUGUGCAAAGGACAACAGGUUUUAUAGUGCGAGUCGAGGCUCCAUCUCCAAUGUGGGAAUGAGUGUCUCCCCUGGAAUUUCACCCAUUACUACCGCAUCUUCCGUUUCCCGCUCGGGAGUACUUAACUCUGGGACCUACCUACCCGAAUCUACUAACGCAUCUGGAUCCCGUGUCUACAAUAGUUGGAACGUGAGAAAGCGCAAGGCUCACCACCGACCAAGCUUGAGCGCAAUGCUCACGGCAGAGUCCGUUGUAGUGACCUCGCACCAUAAGGGACAACCCACUUUCGUGAGGAAGUUUACCAGUCCUCUGGAGGACACGGGAGGUAGCAGUGGAAGUCGUGGAAACAAUAGCGGCUCCUCUGGUUUGGCAGCCUCCACGGAGGACAUAUUUUACUGCCGCAAUAGCAGCUUCAAUGAGUUGAUUGACGAAAGCGCCUCUUGUUCAUCCCCUCAAAAUCCCUCCUUCUCACUCCCUGAUGCAGUCGUCUCUCCCAUUGUUGACGGAGAGGCCAAGGUGAAGCGAAGCAACUCCGGAUUUGGUCACACACACCGUAGUAGCUCACAAGCUGGUCUUACUUCCCCUGAGCCCAUUUCGCGCUACGUUCGAAAUGUGAAACAGAAACUCGAUAACCAUUCCUAUGGCGGAACGGGCGUGGCACUUUCAAAGCACACCAUUUCCCUGAUGCAGUUGCCAAUGAUGGCCGACCGUGAUCCUAAACGCCUAAUCGGAUCCCAAAACUCCUCUUCUUCACCAUCGACAUCUGCGGCUUCCAAUGUUCCUGAACUCCUUCCAACGUGGACUGGAGAUCCUGAAAUGAACGCCUCAGAGACCUUUGAGGCUGCUACUGAACUCCGAAUCCACUUUCCUGAUUACGAGAUUCCUACGAAGGGCCCGCGCGUUCAGGACUACGUGCGAACCCUGGUGCUGCUAGAGUUUCAUCAGAAGGUGCGUUACAUGGUAUGCUACUUGAAGCACUUCGAUUACCUCCUGCUACGGCGUUGGCCCAAGGAACAUCAGCACUUGGCUGAUCUAAUGGCUUUGGAUAGAAUCCCCCGUCUCAUCCGGCUCUUUCGCAGCCUUGUUCAUGCCAUUGAGCGAACUGUCGAACCUCAGGGCUAUGGCAGAAUGGCUGAGGCUGUGUUGUCUUGGUUGUCCAAAGACGAUGAGACUAAUCUCAAGGCAUGGAUUCGGGAUUGUCAAGCACUUUCUUGCACGAAUAUGCUGGACAGUGUAAAAGCAAUGGUUCGGGAGUACGCCCGAAAGCAUCCAGACAUUCAGAUGGUUUUGGAAACUCGAUUCAAUAAAUUCGUGCUCAUUGAAAGUCUGAGUCAGGUUCGGAUCCUCUAUUUCAAUCUGCCCCUCAUAUCCAUCAAUAUUAUGAAGGAUUUGGAGAAGAAGACCUCGAGUUACAAAGCCGAAGCGAAGAUCUGGAAAGAGAUACACUCCAAAUUGGCGAGCAUUCCGCACUCAAUCGACAAGAUAUGCAUGCCCUUAGUAAAGCUGAUUAACGAUGGUCACUUCUUCUCUACAGUGGAUAAGGGAGAGCAAUUGUCACGUCAUCAAGCCCAAGGUGGAAAUUUGCCUUUUGCGGACCUCCUGCUACAAUUUCCUCGGACACUGUUCCGAUUUUGGGUAAUAGAUCAUGCCGAGAUCGCCGUAGAUAAGUUGACUCUAACCAGUGAUAACAAAGUCAACUAUGACUACAUGAAGGAGAGAACUGAAGUCCUAGCAGUCCUUUUGGACUCGGCACUCGUGCUUCUUGUAAAAGAUGGCGGGCGCUAUGGUCUACGACCAUUCAAGCCUUCCAAGGAGCCGGGCCAGGAAAACUUAACUGCCUCCACUUCUAACGCUGCUUCUUCGAGUUCUACACAAUUCGUAACGGCUCCCAAUCUCCUGGGUAAUACCAUGAAGCUAUUGCCUGUCUUUCCAACAGAUUCUGUGUUUACCUCUCUGGGUGAACAAAUAGGUCAGGAAUAUAUGCUUAACAUGAUCUUUAAGGAGCAAGCAAUCCUCCUUCGAUUGUCAUUUACCUCAGAGGAAACUCGGAAGAAAUGGUUGAAUAUUCUGAAAAGGCGGGAACAGAUUUCAGCUCAGCGACGUUUGGCAGCGCAAAAAGGUCGUGCCAGUCUGCCAUCAGCAAGCAUGCACUUCGGUGAUCACAAAGUUGAUACUAAGUGUCUGAAGACCAUCCGUGCCUCUGUAGGGACUGUACAGCCAAGUACAAACUUUAGUGACCCAGCGCAAAUGGUAGAGUCAGAAGUCCCUCUCAAUGCACCAUCUCCUGAACUAAUCGAGAAACAGGUCACAAGCUUCACUGAAAAAAUAAGUGAAGUGGAGCAGGAUAUGCAGGCCUUGAUUCAAUCCAUGUCAGACAGUCAAUCUGUUGAUGCGAACGAAAUUCUUGAGAACCUGUCUCUAAAACCUGGUGACACUGUAUUCCAGUCCAACAGGGAACUGAUAAUCUUGGAGCUUCUUUUGGCUAAGAAUUGGCUGAAGUUUGUUACUAAGCAUCUCCAUCACCUCUCAAGAAGCCCAAAGUGGAUCAGGGCGAGAAGAGCGAGUGCAACUGCUACAGGGAAUGCAUCAAAUGCAGCGCUAACAACAGUAAGUGAAAGGCGGCAUCAGCGGUCAAAGUCUGCAAUCAUUGAUGUCUCAAGUGGUCUAAAGGAUCGCAGAAGACGUCCCGGAACUCCUAGUGGAUCAAUCUACCGAGACUGUUUAGAGCAGGCACCGUCAAAGACGUCUUUGAGUGGAAGUAAGGAAGUCGUGGCAUUUGAAGCAAGAAAAACCGAUGGACUAGAAUGUGAAGAGGGUGACACGAAGGCGGGUGGAAGAAUGCAAUUAAUAGGCAUAAUUCAUGGCCUGCAGAAACUGGUCGAAAGCACGUCACUGAUUGCCUCACGUGCCCUCAGUAGCCUAGGAACGCAGGGAAGAGAAGGCGGAGAGGAUUCCAAGUCAGAUGACGACCAGGCUGAGGCUUUCUUAGAUGCCAUUUCCUCGCUUUCGUCCUCCUCUUCAUCCUCGUCGUCUACAGAAACCGCCGAAUCACUGACCACUGACCACGUUCAAGAAAAGGGUUUGGAGGAGGUUCAGCUCAGUGACUAUGAGGUGGAGGUGGAGGUGGAGGAAAGGCAAUCAGGUGGUGUAGACGAGCAAGAGCUGCUAGAAAGGGUGGAAUAUGCUGAAAAACCGUUAACGGAAUCCGUCUCGAGGUUAGAUGAAGACUCUAUGAUUCCAAGCCCAUCUUUUUCAAAAGAAGAAGGGGAGGAUAGGGAUAAUGAUGGCUCUUACGAAGAUGAACUGAGGAUGGCUGCGCUACAACUGGUUGAUGAUGUAAUUGAUUCAGCCGGAGCCUACGAGAUGGAUUUGGCGACGAUUGCCAGUGGCCUGGCAGCCUCAGCCAUUGUCUCGGCCAUCACACAUGUGAUGGAUGAUUGCCAUCGAGACCCAGGGUUUUCCUGUACAACGGACAGUGGUAUCAGCUUUGUGGAGAUUCCGGAUCAACCCAGCAGCGAGGAGGACGAUGAAUUAACCGUUACCGGAUCAAAGCCACACCUAGCUCUAACCCCUACCGAGACCGGUGGACCUGGCAUCCCGUUUAGUGACCUUGACAAACUCGACCCUCCCCAACCUCCAUCACCUAAUGGUGUCUCUGUAGGGCGCAGUGAUUCCCAAAAGUCCACCACCUCCAGUGGCUAUCUUGGUUCGGGUGAUGAAAUUGUCCAACACGACUGGAUUUGA